UGGCUGUCUGCAGGGGGGGUGACAUCCAUAGCCAUCCGGCAGCGAACCUCUUUGGGGUCCUCGUUAAUUUUUUAUCAUUGUCAUUUCUUGUUUCAGACUGAAUUUACUAUUGACCCAACUUUAGAGCAAGCUUCUGAAGAGGCUUGACUUUGGAGGGAAUCAGCCAAGGUCCUCGCAUCGAGUCGUUGAGCGUGAUUCAGCUGGUGUUGACGCAUGUUUUGGAGCAGCUGAGCGAUGGACUUUAGCGUCAAGUCUUUCAAAGGUUUUGCGACAGAAGCUGCAACCGUGUUCACCAGAGCCGUUCAGUACACCGAGGAACGACUGGGAACAUCAGACAAAACUGAACUUGAUGCACACUUUGAGACGUUGGCUCAACGUUCUGACAGAACCAAGUAUUGGACUGAAAGGCUGGUUGGUAAAACGGAAGCAGUCCUUCAACCCAAUCCAAAUGUGCGGGUAGAAGAUUAUCUCUUUGAAAAGCUUGACAAGAAACGAGACAGACUAAAUAAUACUGAGCUACUGGGCCAAGACAUGAUAGACGCUGGAACCGACUUUGGUCCUGGCACCUCUUACGGGAGUGCCCUCAUCAAAGUUGGGCAGGCUCAACAGAAGCUGGGCCAGGCAGAGCGAGAGUUUGGCCGCCUGGUGCACACAAACUUUGUCCAGCCACUAAGGAGGUUUCUGGAUGGAGACAUGAAGACAAUCUUGAAAGAGCGUCGGCUGCUUGGAAACAAGAGAUUGGAUCUAGAUGCUGCAAAGAACAGACUUCGUAAGGCCAAAGCUACUGAUCCAGCAGCAGAGAAGGAUGUGCGUUCCUGCCAGUCUGACUUUGACCGUCAAGCUGAAAUCACUAGGCUCCUGCUUGAAGGAAUCUCGAGCACUCAUGUGAACCAUUUACGCUGCCUUAGUGACUUCGUAGAGGCCCAAAUGUCAUACUAUGCUCAGUGUCAGCAGUACAUGGCAGACCUGCAGAAAGAACUGGCCAACAUGUCCAUUGCCGUCGGAACAGGUAGCAGUGGUGAUGGCAGUCGCAGUGGCUUCCAGGGUGCUUUCUCAUCACCUACAGCCAGUGCAGGUAGUCCAUCCAAUGAUGUCAGCACAUUUAUCAACAGCAACCAGAAGCGGGCACGUGUCCUUUAUGACUAUGAUGCUCAUGACAACUCCGAGUUAUCACUGAUGGCUGAUGAAGUGCGAGCAGCUGCUGACGAAGCGCUUUUUCGGAGUGCCGUCGCCAGCCACUGCCGGUAAUGUCAGAGCCGAACAAGGGUUGAAGCCCUUUCUCGUGAUCAUCAUAUCCCAGACUGAGAACAUGGACCCUGACUGGAUGAUUGGGGAGCGAGGACUACAGAAGGGAAAGGUCCCCAUUGCAUACCUGGAAAUUCUCAACUGAUUAGAUAAACAUACUUUUUCUGUAAAAAUUACUGUGCUUGCAUAGUUGAUACAGUCAUAACCAUAUGGCAGAUCUGUUUGUUUGCUAAGUGCUUUCCCUGUGCUUCUAUGCAACACAUCUAUUCAAUCAAACUUAGACAUGACAGUGAAGAACAACAAUGCCCUUAAAAAGCAUAGCAGUUUUAAUUCUGACAUAGGCCUGUAAGGCUUCUUGAUGCCAUUUCUACAUUGUUUUCAUAGUCCAUUGCCUUUCAUGCUAGUUCUCUAUUUAGCACGUCUACAAAACUGCUAAUGCUCAUUGUUCAACUGUCUGAUAUGUCAGUACAUAGCGGAACUAACAAGUUAUAGAAGUCAUUCCUUAUUGAGAGUUAGUGGUGCAUGCAUUCCACAUGUUGGGAGACUAUAUGAACAGGAUCUUGGUCAUGACCUCCAGCUUGCUGUCUGUUGACAAGAAUGCAAUGUGCAUUCCCUAAUGAACCUGGUGCUUUUUUUGUUCAAUCUCUGCUAGUUGAGGCAUGCUACAGGAGUGCUUGCCAGUAGUCUUUACAGUGUUAUUCUGCUUACCAUACAGAUAGUUGGAAACAUCAGAAAAAAGCUGUUGACAUGAUCCUUGGAACCAAGCUAUAAGAAAAAGGUAGUAGUAUUCCCACAUUUGUACAUAACUUAGCAUACUUUACAUGCAACUUUACAUUAUUGAGUGAGUGUGUAGGAAAAUUGUCAUCUAUUCUAACAAUGCAAACUCAUGCUGCCUUUAAGUGCUGAAAAGAAUGAGCCAAUAAUUCCUAUCUUUCUUGAGUGUUCAAAGAACUGGUUAUAUUAUGAAUAAACAUGGCUUUAAUACAUCUCUCUA